ACCACCCCACUUUGAGUUCAAGUCAAAUUUCAUUCAAUCACUAUACAUCUAUAUAGUGUUAUUGUGAAAGAAAAUCCAACAAAUUGCUAGGGGCUACCUGAAGAACACUAAAACUCAAUUAUGGAAGCAAGAUUAAACAUGUUUGUGUUCCUAUCAUUAGUUGCAGCUGCCGCCUUGCUACAAGGCUCGUCGGCACAAACCACGCACGUCGUUGGCGACGACAUGGGCUGGCUCGUCCCGCCCGGUGGUGAAGUGGCCUACCGUACAUGGGCCGCGGCCCAAACCUUCACCGUUGGUGACGUGCUAGUGUUCAAUUUUACUGCAAGUGCACACAAUGUGGCUGAAGUGAGCAAGGAAGCAUUUGAUUCAUGCAAUACCACAAAUACCAUCUCAAUAUCCACCACUUCUCCCACUAACAUAACCUUGGCAUCUGCCGGUGAACAUCACUUCCUUUGCACCUUCCCUCAACACUGCGGUUUAGGCCAAAAGUUGGCGAUUAAUGUCACCGCCGCCGCCGCCCCGGGGCCUCAGCCCGCCACACCACCGCCAGCGCCCGGGACGGAAGUUUACACCGUUGGUGACGGUCUUGGGUGGCUCGUACCUCCCGGUGGUGAUAUUGCUUACGAAACUUGGGCUAGAAACAAGACUUUUGCGGUCGGAGAUGUUUUAGUGUUCAACUUUACGAACGCGGCGCACAACGUCCUACAAGUGACCAAGGCCGAAUUCGACGCAUGCAACGUCUCCACCACCACAACGGCGCCAAUCACCGCCUCUCCGGCAAGGAUCACCCUCGCAUCCCGCGGCGAGCACUAUUACAUGUGCACCUUCCCCCAACACUGCUCAUUGGGCCAGAAGCUAGCCAUCAAUGUCACCGGUGGCGAUGCCACGGCCCCUGCACCGGCUCCUACAAGCCCCGCCCCUAGGCCUUCUACCCCGGCCACUCCGCCACCCAGCUCCGCCGCUCCACCGCCCACCGCCGGCGGCCCCUCGACGCCGGCGACCCCUCCUCCGUCCAGCGCCGGCGGUCCCUCGACGCCGGCGACUCCAAGCCCACUUACACCUCCUCCUCCGCCCAGCGGCUCGGCCGCACCGGUAGCGGCUGCGGCACUGCCCUUCAGUGUCUUGGCCGUUGCUCUGGCUUUUUUGUGUAACUAGAUGAUUGGUGCAGACAAUUUUUGUUUGCUUGUUUGGUGAUUUGUUUUGAUCUCAGAUAUAUAUACUCCAUAUAUUAAUUUACACAUGUUUUAAA